CACUCUUGCUCACACUCCUCUCUGCAUCACAGCUCACCAGACUGUCCUGUUCCUCAAGGACACAGCUUGGAGGCUGCUUUAACUGUGUGGUUAUAAGGAUGAGGUGCGUCACAGUUGUGCUGUGUAGCACUGUGCUGCUAAUGCAGCUGAUGAUGACCAGCUCACAAACUGCAGAUGAUUCAGCCAUUGGUGACUGUUCUCAGCUGGAUUCAUGUGAUCGAUGCACCAACGGAGAUCCUGCCCUCAAUCAGACACGCUGUAUUUGGAGAAGCUGUGACAAUGAUAAUGACACAAGAUGCAUAUCUGACACAGAAGACACUGGAGACUGUGCUGUGUACAAUGACACAAGCUCCUGCCCAAUUAGCGGGAGCGUUGAUGACAGUGGCUCAGACGACUCUUCAGGCUCGACACCAGAGUUUUCUCAGGCAUCAUUUGACCUGUCCAGCUUCAUAGGUGGGAUUAUACUUGUGUUGUCACUCCAAGCUGGGGCCUUCUUUGCUCUGCGCUUCCUCAAGACAAAAGACAGCUCCUAUGAGACCAUUGACCAACCCCAGUGAGGAGGACAAACAGCAAGGUAGAGAGAACAAAUAUGGAAGAACUGAACAGCAAGAGAUGAGAAAAGAUCGGAAGAAGCGGCCGAGGAAUCAGAGGCAAGAGUUGACAGAGCAAAUCCUGGCGCUCUUUUUAAGGCCCUCACUUAUUUGUUUGAUUGUUUGCUUGUUUUUUGUAUUUCCAUAUGCUUCCAUAUGAUCGUUUGCUUGUUUAAAAACCCUUGCAUUAUUAUUUUACGCCUCCUAUCUUCAAUAGAUCUUAGGUUUGUUUUAAUUGGUUUGUCAGCUUGAGUGAAUUUUUUCCAAUUCUGGUUCUAAGGUUGAUAAUUAAACGAAAGUCAGUAAAUCAUAAAUACAAUAUUGUGUAUAAUAAAUAUAUACAUAAUAAAUUAA